UUUUUCUUUCCUCUUUGUGCUCGUUUGACCUAGAUAUAGUGUUAUCAGUAUGGAGAAGUUUGUAAAAGCUACGUCUAACAAUCUUCCCAGGGUAGACAUUUUUAUGGUGCACGAGUUAUUAAAACGAGAUAAUCGCUUUAAUAGUGCCGAAAUCGCUGGUGUAAAAGCAUCAAGUUCCACCAGAGAAAGUUAUGGUGACAAUGCUAGAGGCUACGUAGAAUUUAAAAAGGAGGGUCCGCUAUGCUCUGUAAAAGCCAGAAUAUGUCCAGAGCAUAAAGUUAGGAGCAAGGCCUACACCAUUGAAACUGUAAUAAAUGAAGAAGAAGAAACUUUUAUAGAUGUUUGUUGUAAAGACUGUGCAGCCGGUGAAGGUAUUAUUUAUACGCUAUGUUUGUCAAUUGUUUUUUAACAUAAACAUUUUGCAGGAGGUUGUAA